AUGCGUGAGCGUCAACUGGCCUCGGCAGCCCACCGGAACAGACGCAGUUCGGUCACCGUCGGCGGUUAUGGCGACGACGACAACAGUCUCGACGAGGGAACCUCCAUCUCCCUGGCUGCGAUCAAACGCGAUACCAAGGCCGGUCGCAGUUCAUCCGGCAGAAAGAGUCUUUCCGCGCUCUCAUCUGACGAUUCUGGCUCCGAUGUUUCGGACACACCAAUACGCAAAAAGGCCAGGAUCAGCGAUGAAGGCGACAGUGACUAG